AUGCUUCAAUGUCAGCAUUUAAAGUAUGCUCUGGUCAUCUUGUCGAACAUUGAUAACUUCUACAGCAUCGCCGACAGGACAUUUUCGAACAUAGAAAACAAUAAGACUCACGUGAAUGACUUCUCCACCCCAGCGUUAACGUGUGCAACUGUCACAGAUCCACGCGCCACAACCUCUUCGAUGUUUUACCUCAACGAGAUCAACUGUGGAGGUUCUAGACGGAGAGCCAUGAUCAAAUGUCUGAUCUUCUACGCAAUCCAUAUCGGAAUAAUUGUGAGGUACGGAAUCCCUGAAUGUACUAAAUGCCCGCCAACUCGCGCCUGCUUAAAGCACGGCAGAUGUUGUAGUCAUCACCCUGUCCUCGAUCAGCCGCAAAACCUGAACUCAUAA